AUGAGAAAUCACCUCAUCCGCACAACUCACGCAUUCGGCGUGACAAGCUCGACUAACCUGCUUUGCCAUUGCCCGACCGGGCCGAGCCCACGGCCAGUUGGGCUCAGUCGAGCUUCGCCGGCUUUGCAACCAUUGCCUCACCAGCACUCAACUCAGUCCAAGGCUGAAUAUCGAUCGCCAAUCGCGUCACACGCUCAGCUCACGUUCCAAUCCGCACCGGCUGCCUGUGUCACUUUUCUGCACAUGCACACACACACACACACACACUCGCUCGCUCGCUUUCUCAAGUACAUGAACACAUGCAGGCGCACACUGACGCAAACAGGCACACCAUCACUCGUGCAGCGAAAGUUGAGGCGAAAGGCAAUCACGACUGGCCUCGUCUGCAGCACAAGCAGUGCCAAGAAUGAUCUCCGACGCGCCAUCCAAUCAGAGCGGUCCUCACGUCUGCAGGACUGA